CGGGUAUGAGGGGACACAAAUGCCGCAGAAGGCUCUAUACACGUGACGACAGUAAUAGUAAACGUUUGCAUACAUAUUACCAUAGUUAACACACGACAAAAGCCUGUAGAGGUGCAUCUCUUCCAACAACUGCUAAUCCAAAAUGGCUAGCGACGAUGAAGACCAGAAUAUGAAGGAUUUGUUUGGUAGUGAAGAGGAAGAAGAUGAUGACUAUGGACGGGCAAACUUACGCACGGGUUCGCAUAGGGGCAUCGACGAUGGUGAAGCCGGCCCAGCACAAGAAGACAACCUAGAGGACGAUCUUGACGAUGGAGGCGCUGUUCCUAGCGGCCGUCAGUAUCCUGUCUCUGAAGAGCCUGAGGACCAGCAAGAAGAUGAGGGCCGGGACCGCUGGGACAACAGGCGCAAGUUUCCUCAUGGUCACCGCCCUUUGGCCAGGACUGGAGCUCCUAUCGACUAUGCGGCACCUCUUCUGCCAGUCCCACCGCCGCAGGGCGAGGUCUUUCUGCUGCGAGAGGCUUUAAUUGGCGUCGAGCCCACGCCUUUCAACCCAGAGACUUUUGCUGGGGAGGAGGAGAUUUUCAUUGACGAGAAGGGCAUUACGAAAAUCAAACCGGUUGACAGGACAAAGAUACGGUGGCGCUAUGCGCGGCGGAAGGGCCCCGAUGGGUCCGAAGAGCUGGUGCCGGAGAGCAAUGCCCGCUUUGUGCGCUGGUCAGACGGCAGCUUGCAGCUGCUGCUGGGUGACGAGGUGUUCGAUGUUGACACGGCGGACAUAUCACAGCAGCGCGCGUACAUGGUCGCCUACAGCGGCGUUGUGCAGGGCCAAGCCGCGCUGACCAGCAAGAUGGGGUUCCGCCUGGCCACCCUCAACAGCAAGCUGUACGCGCGCAUGCGGGAGGAGGUGGACAAGCGCACAGUCAAGGUGAAGCGCGUGCAGCAGCACGUGGAGGCGCUGGACCCCGCCAAGGAGAAGGAGCGGCGCGCGCGGGAGACGGAGGAGGUGUUGAGGAACAGGGCCAUGUUGGAGGCCCGGCAGCAGCGCACGCUGGCGCGCUACGCGGGCGGCGGCGGGGGGGCGGGCGGGCGCAGCCGGGGGCGACCCGAGCUCAACACGCGCUUCCUGGAGGAGGAGGACGGCAUCGAGGUUGGCGGAGACGCUGGCUUCAUCGAUGACGGCGAGGAGGACGCGGGCGGCUACUCGCGGCGGCGGAGGUUCAAUGAGGAGGAGGAGGAGGAGGCGGCUCGGCGGCUCCAGAGCGCCAAGCGGGGCGCGGCUGGCGGGCCGUCGCAGCGGCAGGGGGCGGCGGGGGGCAAGCGGCGGAGAGGAAGGGAUGACAGCGAGGAGGAGGAGCUGCCCGAGGAGGAGGACGAGGAGGAGGAGGAGUAUGUGGACAGCGAGGGCGGCAGCGAGGACGAGGAGGGCGGCGAGGAGGAGGAGGGCGGGGACGAGGAGGAGGAGGAAGCGCAUGGACGGCACAGGUCCAAGACACCCCCCCGGGCCGGCGGUCGGCCGCCCCCGCCCCCCGUUCUGCGCGGCAAGGGGCUGCUGUCAGCGGGAGGCGGGGGCGGUGGCGGGCCCCGCGGGGGCGGCGAGGUGCGGGCGCCCGCUGCCAAGGUGCGGCGAGGUGUGGUGCUGUCGGACGAUGAGGACGACUGAGGGCGGGAUGGUAAAGAGGAAACAACUAACUGAUUGUGUGUGUAGUUGAGUAGGGAAAGAGCGAGCAAUUGGGAGAGGUUCGCAUGUGAACCGCGAGUACAGGCAAAACAGAGGUAACCAAACCUCGCAAGGGGCUGCAAUGGUGUAAGGGCUGGAUUGGGGCGGGGGAUUGUGGCUAUGGGCCGUGAAGGGCAGGAGGGAGGGAUGGGCCCCGUUCAGGAAACAGGAGAGAGGGGAGGAUGGAAGGGGUUAGGCAGUAGGAGCGGGGUAUGGCGUUGAGGAGGACGGUCGGGGAUGGCGUGAGGCCGUGAGCUUGUUGGGUUUAGUCGAAGGUAGGGUUUGAGGAGCUAGGAAGGCCACAGCGACGCCGGGACAAGGCAUGUGGGGUUUGUGACGGCUUCUGUUUGUCACAGGGGUCAGCGGGUUGGCAGCAGUUCAUUGCAGCUAACAAGGCUCCGAGCUGGACACACAUGUGGUUCCCGUGGUCUCGGUUGCCUUGGGUUUCGUGUGUUGAAGUUGGCUGAGUCGGCAUGGCACCGAUACGUUUUACCCUGCCCGGCAGGGCGGCAGCGCUUUUUGUAAGAAACGCCCUCUCC